GCAUAGCGUAUGCGGUGUUUUGUUUUUCUGGGAAAAAGGUGAACCGCUUCAGGACUCACUCUUUAUUUACGCGCUACACGUUAUGAACGACAUCUGCUCAAAGUGACUUUGUGGAAAGGUUUAAUUUGCAGGACGAAUUUUCAUGACCGCGUGUCGAACCCUCCCACCCGCGUCACUCUUACGUAAGGCCGGCUCGCGCCUACACUCGACUCGCACACCUGUGACGUCGGCUGCGCGGCUGAGUCUGGUACAGUACCGGGCAGCGUGAUAUCGGCACCAUGGCAGAUGCACAGAUGAGCAGUCCCCCCCUGGAGCCAGGGGUUAAGGAGUACCUCAGCAGCGUGGAUGUCCUCCUUGUCACCCUCAUUGGUGGCCUGGUUGUCUACUGGGUCGUCUUCUACAAGAAGAGGGAGGAGGUUGUCCCAGAAUUCAAGAAGCUCUCCGUACAAGCACCCAGCUCUUCACAAGAGACCAGUUUUAUUGAGAAAAUGAAGAAAACAAACAAAAACAUAGUUGUGUUCUAUGGCUCUCAAACGGGCACAGCCGAGGAGUUUUCAAAUCGCCUUUCCAAGGAUGCCCGGCGCUACGGCAUGAAGGGGAUGGCAGCCGACCCUGAGGAAUAUGAUAUGUCUGAGCUGUCUCGCCUGACUGAGAUUGAAAAUUCCCUGGCCAUCUUCUGCAUGGCCACCUAUGGUGAAGGAGAUCCCACAGAUAAUGCCCAGGAAUUCUAUGAAUGGCUGCAGGAGACUAAUAACAGCCUGGAUGGUGUCAAUUUUGCAGUUUUCGCCUUGGGCAAUAAGACAUAUGAGCACUACAAUGCCACGGGGAAGUUUGUGGACAAGCGGCUGGCAGAGCUGGGAGCCAGCAGGAUUUUUGACCUGGGAAUGGGAGAUGACGAUGGAAACCUGGAAGAGGACUUUGUCUCCUGGCGGGAGCAGUUCUGGCCUGCAGUUUCUGAGUACUUUGGAGUGGAGGCCACAGGAGAGGACUGCAGCAUUCGUCAGUAUGAGCUGGUAGUGCACAAUGACAUUGACGUGAACAAGGUGUAUACUGGAGAGCUGGCCCGUCUGAAGAGUUUCGAGAUCCAGAAGCCGCCCUUCGACUCGAAGAACCCCUUCCUGGCUCCUGUCGCUACCAACCGUAAACUGAACAAAGGGGGUACUCGGCAUCUAAUGCACCUGGAACUGGACAUCUCUGGCUCUAAGAUCAGAUAUGAUUCGGGAGAUCAUGUUGCAGUUUAUCCUAUGAAUGACACUUCCAUGGUGAACAAGUUGGGAGAGAUCCUUGGCAGUGACCUUGACACUGUGAUCUCACUCAAUAAUUUAGAUGAGGAGUCCAAUAAGAAGCACCCAUUUCCUUGUCCCACCACGUACCGCACGGCUCUGACCCACUACCUGGACAUCAGCAACCCCCCGCGCACCAAUGUCUUGUACGAGAUCGCACAGUAUGCCACCGACCCCAAGGACCAGGAGAACUUGCGCAAGAUGGCCUCAUCGUCGGCUGAAGGCAAAGCUAUGUACCAUAGCUGGGUGCAGGAAUCUCGGAGGAACAUCGUAGCCAUCUUGGAGGACAUGCCAUCCCUACAACCUCCCAUUGACCACCUCUGUGAGCUCCUGCCACGCCUGCAAGCUCGCUAUUACUCCAUCGCCUCCUCUGCCAAGGUCCAUCCCAACAGUAUCCACAUCUGUGCAGUGGUGGUGGAGUACGAGACUAAAACGGGCCGAACAAACAAGGGUGUUGCCACAAACUGGCUGAAGAACAAGGUGGUGACUGACAACGGCAACAAGUCCUCCGUGCCCAUGUAUGUGCGCAAAUCCCAGUUCCGGCUGCCCUUCAAAGCCACCAACCCCGUGAUCAUGAUUGGCCCGGGCACUGGUAUCGCGCCCUUCAUGGGAUUUAUCCAGGAGCGUGCCUGGCUUAAGCAGAAAGGGAAGGGAGGGGGUGAGACAGUGCUCUACUACGGCUGCCGCCACCAAAAAGAAGACUUCCUGUACCAGGAGGAACUGGAGGAGUAUGAACGGAGUGGGGUGUUGACACAGCUCCAUGUGGCGUUCUCCCGAGACCAGGAGCACAAGGUAUAUGUGCAACAUCUCCUAAAACAAAACAAGGAGAACCUGUGGAAUCUAAUUGACUCCCAAACUGCACACAUAUACAUCUGUGGGGAUGCUCGUAACAUGGCACGAGAUGUGCAGAACACCUUCUUUGAGAUCGUGGAGGAAAUGGGUGGCAUGACACACAACCAGGCUGUGGACUACAUCAAGAAGCUGAUGACCAAGGGCCGCUACUCCCAGGAUGUGUGGAGUUAAGGCUGCCAAGUGCACCACCCUCUGAAGCUGCAGGUACAGGGUACUGAUCUCCAAGUUUAUUUUUCAAAGGAAGUGCAUUUCCAACAAUUGUCAAUUAUUGCUGUGUAUCACUUGUAAAAACUAGUUUUAAGACAAACACUUUUCCUCCAUAAGGUUCUCAUCUAAGAUAUUUUAUUGCCAAAACUGCAGUUCUUAACAGGAUAUGAAAUGACAAACCAAAAACCUGAGUCUGUCACUCAAUUUAGAGCAUUAACUGUGAUUAAAGUAGCACUUCUGAAGUUAGGUGUGCAAAAUUGUGGCAUGUUUAGAAGAAUCUAAUAGUGCAAGCUGACAAUUAUGUAAGGGAUGUUUAAUAGAGCCUUAACACUGUGACAUGGUCUAUAUUUUAAUCUGUAGCAAAAGCACAGUAUAGUAUAUAAAAUUCCUUUUUAGUUUACUUUGUUCAGUUCUGUCUUGAGAGGAUUGUCAAGUCUUGCUUUUGAAAACGGCCUUUUUAAUUACCUAGCACCAUAAGAAAUGACUAACCUGUGUUACUCCUUCGGUAUCAGAAUCGCACAAUGU